AUGUUGUCUUACUCAUCCUACCUGCUCACAGCAGUAGCUGCUUUGCUAGCAACUUGCCAUGCACUGCCUAAGUGUCCAGGAAUUCCUGGGUUGCCUGAUGUCCCUGGACAAGAUGGUCUGAAAGGACAACCACAUCUACCAGGUCUCAUAGAACCCUCUGGAAGCCUGAUGGGGUCUGCUGGAAGAGAUGGUCUUCCUGGGCCCCAAGGUCUACCCGAUUCUCUGGACACUGAACUCCACAAUGUUUUAGUAAAUUUGAAACACCGACUUUCCAGACUUGAAGGGGUGCUUGCUUUGAAUGGGAAAAUAAAAGAAGUAGGAGAGAAAAUACUUGCCAGCAAUGGGAAGAAAGUUGAUUUUGCAUCUGCACUAGAAUCCUGUGAAGAGGCUGGAGGAACUCUUGCAACUCCCAUGAAUGAGGAGGAGAAUAAAGCUGUUUUGAGUAUUGUGAAACAGUAUAACCAAUAUGCUUACUUGGGCAUUAAAGAGGGUGGGACUUCAGGUCAAUUUAAGUACAUAAAUGGCACACCUCUGAAUUAUACCAAGUGGCACCAGUAUGAGCCUAAUGGCAAAGGGACAGAAAAAUGUGUAGAGAUGUACACUGAUGGGAGCUGGAAUGACAAAAAAUGCAACCUGUAUCGCCUCACAAUCUGUGAGUUUUAA